CGCCCGGUGACGCUCCAGGGGGCGGAGUCUCGGCGCUGUAGUGACAGGGGAGACUCAGAGCGCAGAGACUUCGCGAAGGAUCAGGGGGCUCGGGGGGCUCAGGAUGGGUCAGUAGCCGCUGGACAGGAUGUUCGUUCCGCUCUUGUGGGCAGCUGUCUGCGGGGGGCUCCUGAUGGGCGCAGUUUUAGUGAGAGAGCUGAGCAGCCAAUCAGAUGAAAGGAAAGAAAAUUAAGGAAAAGGGGAUGCGAGGGGACAAUCGCAGGUUUGCUCUGCAGAUCCAGUGCUACCAGUGUGAAGAAUUUCAGUUGGAUGACUGCUCUUCCCCAGAAUUCAUUGUCAACUGCACAGUCAAUGUCCAGGACACUUGUCAGAAGGAAGUGAUGGAGAACAGUCACGGGAUAUUGUACCGCAAGUCCUGUGCCUCGUCUGGUGCCUGCCUCAUCGCCUCUGCCGGUUACCAAUCAUUCUGCACCCCGGGCAAAGGGAACUCUGUGUGUAUCAGCUGCUGUAACACGCCUCUCUGCAAUGGGCCCCGGACAAAGAAGAAGGGCAAUACUGCAGCCGCUUUGCAGGGGCAUGUUUGGGCCACGCCUGUGUUACUAAUGGUGGCCCUGGGGACCGUACAGCUCUAAAGUACAUGGCACUUUUUUUUUUAGGAAUCCUGCUUUCUGGUAGCUGUUUGCAAUUUCUUUCCAAAGCAAUGACAAGUCACCAGAAAUAUAUAUAUGUAAAUAUAUAUAUAUAUUUAUGUGUUAUAGAAAGAGAGACAUUUUUAAAAUCUUUAUUUCUUUUUGGGGGUUCAGUGAAACCUUUUUUAUUUGAACUCAGCACUUCCAUAAAGGGCCCUGUGUCUGUGCGCACCCUGGUAGCAUAUUAAACAAGCACAUCACAAACUGAUGAUUCUGCUCUUCUCUUGCA